AUGGGUUUCGAUGGUGUCAUCCGGUUCUACCGGUCAUGUCUAUUUCAGAUCAUAAUCGUGGGACUGGUUGCAUUUUGCGAACCUGGAAUUUGGACCGCCCUUAACAAUCUUGGAGCUGGCGGAAAUGCGAGCCCUUUUCUGAACAAUGCCGCCAAUGCUUUGACGUAUGGCCUCAUGUCUGUCGGCUGUUUUAUUGCCGGGGGUGUAACCAACAAAAUCACGGCGAAAUGGACUUUAGUCAUCGGAGCCGCCUUCUAUACUCCAUAUGCGGCUGGUUUAUACUGCAAUAAUCGCUAUGGAAACCAGUGGUUUCUCUUAUUGGGGGCCGCGCUUUGCGGGAUUGGAGCCUCGCUGCUCUGGGCUAGCGAGGCUGCCAUUGCGGUGGGAUAUCCAGAACAGGAGAAAAGAGGACGGUAUGUCGCAAUUUGGAUGGGUAUCCGGCAGAUGGGACCGCUUGUUGGAGGAGCAAUAUCUCUCGCUCUCAAUAUCAACACGGCACACGCUGGGAAGGUCACCUAUAGAACAUACCUAGGGCUUGUUGCCAUCUCAUCCCUUGGAGCUCCGCUCGCAUUGUUUCUGUCACAGCCCAAAAAGGUCAUCCGAAGCAAUGGCACCAAAAUCCCCUACAUGAAGAAGACAAAUUUCAGAAUCGAAGCCCACGCCAUCUGGAAGCAAGUCACGAACAAAUACAUACUGCUCCUCAUUCCAGUCUUUCUUGCUGGGCAGUUUGGUACAACUUACCAAGGAAACUAUUUGACCACAUAUUUUACCGUUCGGUCCAGGGCCCUUGCCUCCUUUUUGACGGCUGUAGUUGGUGCUGCAGGCAAUCUGACAACGGGCUUCAUUUUGGAUCUGAAGUAUUUCUCUCGUGAAACCAGAUCUAAAGCCGUGUAUAUAUUUGUUCUCGUCUUCGUCACCGCGGCCUGGACGUGGAAUGCCGUGGUUCAGACAAAACUCUCUCGCAUGGCCGACCCGCCUACCUUUGACUUGGGCGACGGCUCCUUCUUCAACUCGGCAUUCACCGUCUAUAUGUUCUUCAAGUUCUUCUACGAGGUGCUACAGACUUACAUCUAUUGGCUGAUGGCUGAAAUCAAGGGGGCCCAGGGAGACGGCGAUAUCGCGAGAACAACUGGGAUUCUGCGAUCGUGGGAAUCUAUUGGCAGUACCAUUGCCUACGCCGUAGGAGCAACCCAUUGGCCAAAUUUGAAUCAGAUGAUAUUGGGCUUUGCGCUGUGGGGGUUCACGAUUCCGUUCACAAUCCUCGCGGUAUUUGGCAACUGGAAACAACCCGACGCGCUUGAGAAUGAGGAGCAAACAGACAGUAGUAGCUUGGAGGCACAGCGGGUGGUUGUGAAUUCCGAUGGAAAGGACUAG